AGAGUAAGGUGCUAGCAAGAUGACGUUCCGAAGUGUAUCCCUAGACAAACACAACUAUUACAGAGCAAAGCACGAUGCAGCACCUCUUACCUGGGAUAGGAACUGUGAGAGUCAUGCUCAGAACUGGGCUAACAACCUCCUCAGAACCAACACUUUCGGGCAUUCCAGUGACAGGAACGAUAUGGGUGAGAAUAUCUGGGCUUACUACAUGACGCGUGGUACGAACACGAAAACAGACGAACAGAUGGCUGAGGAGGCUAUUAAAGCUUGGUACGAUGAGGUGAAGAAGUACAGCUACAUUUUCCCUGGUUUUAGUAAGAAGACCGGCCACUUCACUCAGGUCGUGUGGAAAGAUACCACUAAAGUAGGAAUGGCUAUUGCUAAGAGUGACGAGAAAGCUUUCAUUUGUGCUAACUAUGGUCCCCAGGGAAAUGUCUUGGCUAAAAGUGAGUUCAAGAGGUGCGUGAAACGAAAGAAAGGAGCUUGUUCCAUCAUGUAAAUGUGUAAAGUUGUUAAAACUGUACAAUUGUUUUGGGAUUUGAAACAGUUUUUAUUUUUAAAGACGUUCAUACUGGAGCAAAGGAUUAGGUAUUACUAUUUAUAUCAAGGUUGCUUCAUGACAUUUUUACCUUCCUUUUUUUGGACAAAUUUAAAUUAAUUGACAUAAUUACUGAUAAUAUUGCUACGAAUACGUGAUCGCAGAUGAACUAUUAUUGAAAUAUAUUAUUUUUAUCUCAUUUUUAAGGGAUGUUGUUUUGGUUAAGAAAGCUAUUUUCAAUCGCUCGAAUAGAAACUGAAAAAAUUCAUUUAUAGUAAAUAAAAUUCGUUAAAUGAUUCUCUUUUCUUAGAGCAUGUGAAAGAAGGGAGGUUGCUGUUCAAAUUAUUUUGUAUUUUUUGCCAAAUUUUUAAUUUUGAUGAUGUUUCUAAUUAAAUAAUUGUUAAAAAAUA